AAGCGCGUCGGUUGCUAAGUGGAUCCUUAUUAAAAACACACUCCUGCAAUGAGAACGUCCAUGAGGAUUUCCCUGAGGCUGCUCGCACUCCUGGCCUGUGCCAUCUGCUCGCUGGCUUCGCUGGAAAGGGAGAACAACGAGGGCCCCAAUAUGGCGAAUCACAAGCUAAGUGGCGUUAUACAAUGGAAGUACGAGAAGCGACCAUUUUGCAAUGCAUUUACAGGAUGUGGUCGAAAGCGUACGUAUCCCUCGUAUCCGCCAUUCUCGCUAUUCAAACGCAACGAAGUCGAAGAGAAACCCUAUAACAAUGAGUACUUAUCUGAAGGUCUAAGUGAUUUGAUCGAUAUCAAUGCCGAGCCAGCUGUGGAAAAUGUUCAAAAGCAAAUCAUGUCGCAGGCCAAAAUCUUCGAGGCCAUCAAAGAGGCAAGCAAGGAAAUCUUUCGACAAAAGAACAAACAGAAAAUGUUGCAAAAUGAAAAGGAGAUGCAGCAAUUGGAGGAGCGCGAGAGCAAAUAAAUCGGAAGUAUCGAAAUAAUCGGAUAAAUCGGAAUUAUCGGUAUAGUCGGAUUUCUGGAAAGCAAAUUGACUGGACGGUUACCACACUGGUUUUGUUAUUGUACAUACUAUAUUUAUCCAUUACUCAUUGAAUUGUGAAGAAUUCUACAGCACUGGCAUUGCAUUCAAUAAAAAUUGUUG